AUGCCGAAAGGAGGAACAGGAACUAAGCAUCAUUGCGCAGGUGGGCGCGCCUGGAUUGGUGACAUCAGCCCAGGUGGAUGCAUUGAAGUUAAAUCCGGUCCACUCAUAUAUUGCAAGAAGCACGAGAUGCCAUGUCGCAAUGGCUGCCGCUGCCAGUCAUGCGAGCGUAAGCGAGAUGCAGAGGCGAAGCGCGAACGACUCGUUGCUGCGGCUGAGAGGGAUUCAGAGAAAAGCAAGGAGAAUGAGACAUUUUGGAACCCUGGGAAGAUUAGAAAGCAGUCAAAGUAUUAG